GCCGUUUACGAAAACUUGCCGCGUGUUGACUCGUAAACAAGUGACAACCGUACGCAAUGCUUGCAGGUUUCACAGUGCCUGCCGUCUACAUUCCGUGUGUGGAUUAGCUUCCUUGCCAUGAGCCCGCCGAGGCCAGGCGCCGGCGAUGGUUGCAUCCUGCUGCGGAGCGACAUCGUCUUCAAAGCCCUGCAACGGAAAGAUUCGGUGCUGUUCGACAAGCUGGUGCGACAUGGCUCGCUUUCCGGCUUCGUCCUGCCCGACUCCGACGACGGCAUGACUCUGCUGCACCUCGUCGUCAGCGUGGACGAGUUCUCGGUGGAGUUUCUCGACAAGCUGCUGGACAGCGGGGCCGACCCGAACGCGGCGAAUGCGGACGGUGUAACCGCCCUGCACAUCGCCGCUGCGUCGGGCAACGCGGAUGCUCUGGAACGGCUCGUCGAGCGAGGCGGCGAUCCUUCGCGUCGCGACCCCACCGGUAAGGACGUGCUCGAAGUCCUCGUCGAAAGCGAGCAUUGGGACUGCCUCGGGAGAGUGAGGCAGCUGCUCGGCCUCACCGUCGAAGAUCGCGAGGAUCCAGAGACGGCCACCCCGGUGAACGGGUCACGGCAUCCAACGCAAGACUCAAACACUUCCAUUAUUUCCGAGGUAGCGGGCGCCGACGAUGACGCGGACGUUUCGCCGCGUCUCUCAACCCCAUCCGACGUAAGCAGCGAGACUGAGUCCCUUCUGAACACAGCCUACGUGUUCCCGCACCCUUACCUGUCCCCCGUGUACGUCGACGACAAGCGGGCCCGGCCCAGAAGACGUCAGCGAGGCACCGACGUCGCCGGUAGUGCGGCAGACGGUUGCGAGCACUCCCAUACGGACGAGUCUGCGUGGCCGUCCACGUCCGAGUCUUCCUUCGAUGGCGCUAGCAGGAGCUACGACGACGCCGCCCCCACCGAUUCCUCGUGGGCGUCUUCGAACUUGUCACAGGAGCUGUUGCGACUCAGCGACGAGGAACUGCGAGAGCAGCUAGCCGCCUGCUGCGGUUACGACGUCGGGCCGGUGCUCGACUCGAACCGCAACGUCCACCGGCACGCGCUGGCCCACUACCGUCUGGGAGCCCGCGCGCGCGUCAAGCUCGCGUCGACCGACUCGUCGUACGGCUCCGCGACCAACGGAAACAAGGCCGCCGCCUUAUUGCAAACGUGCGACUUCUGCGAGGUGGUCCACAAGGACCCCGAGACCGGCUUCGUGCUCAAGGAAGAGCACUACCACUCAUCCUCGGAGGCUGACUCGAGCGCCACCACGGGAGUGAGCAGCAGCGGUCCCGAGAACGAGACCGUUGACGUGCCUCCGGAACUCCAGUGCCUAACCAACGAACAGAUACUCGCGAAGCUGAGGAGCCUGGGCGACACGCCUGGACCGGUGACCGACGGUACGCGAUUGGUGUACUUGAACCGGCUCGCCCGACUGCACUUGGGCCUGGUGACCCUUCACAAGUCCCGCGACAUCCUGUCGCCAGACGUUCACACCCUGGUGCUCAACGCGGGCAACUUGGAUGCCUACAGGGACUUGGAGGUCGCCAUGAUGAGCGACUUCGACACUCCCCGUCCCAACAGCUACUGGAGGGAGGGCAACACGAAGGGUUCCUUCACGUAUCUCCUCUUGGACACCAGAGUAACUCGAAACCUGCCUCUCAGGGCCCCCGGCUUGACACUGGCGGAGCGCAUGUCUGACUUCCUGAAAGCAGUCUUCUACGUUGGUAAAGGCAAAAGGUCUAGGCCGUUCAGUCACCUCUGCGAGGCAUUGCUCGUCCGUAAGGGUCUGGACAAGUCAUUGCGGAAGAAGGAGGCCGAGAAGACCCGCAAGAUCCUGCAGAUCUGGGACUCCAGGCACGGCGUGGUCUCGUUGCACGUGUUCCAGAACACGCUGGCCGUCGAGGCGUACACAAGGGAGGCUUGCAUGAUCGACGCAAUUGGCCUACGCCGGCUGACGAAUCAAAAGAAAGGAGACGUGUAUGGCGUCGUUCAGUCGUGGAACGAGAAGAAGCGGCGAAAGCUGGGAGCGUACCUUGUGUACAAGGCCCUGAACAUAUUCCUCAGCGAAGGUGAACGGCAUCUGGGACCGCUGGACCUGUGAUACGUACUUUCUGGCAGUCAGCUGGGGGUUCAGGUGCAGACUCCAGUACCAAGCUGAGAACACCAGUGUCUUUUAAAUGCUCAUGUGACUGUUGAAAACAACGUGACGUAAUGACCGGGGUUUGUUGCAACUUUGUGUUGAACUUGACUGUGUGCAACAGCAUGAAGCAAGCUGUUGUCCUGGCAUAGUUCUUUUUUUCUUUUUUCCUUGUCGCUUUUCGAUUUCACCCUGGCAUAGCUGUGAAGAAAAAUCUUUCAUCUUUACAAUUCUUUUAGAUUUUUAUGCUGAUUUUAACCUGGUUUGCUACUAGAAUGUGCAAAUUCUGGCUGCUGUAGUCACAUCAGUGCAAAAUAGCUUCAUCAUGCCGUCCAUUGUGCAGUUAUUUUAUUGCUACUGUGGGAUUUUUGAAACCCAUAGAUGCACUGUAAUGUGAUCAUCCUACCAUGAACCUUUCAUAGCUGUUUCUGCGAGUCAGUUGCCAUGAAGUUUUUUACUGUGGACAACACACACAACAGCACAAUUUAUAGAUUCUUUUAGCCUAAAACUUGGCACAUAAAAGUACUGAUCAAAUUAGUUGCUAGUCGUAUGUAGUGUCUUCCAGGAGCUGCUGUGAGUGUUAUGCGUAUUUGCAUUGUUUUGCUUUUAUUUAAUGACCAAGACACGAAGUUUGUGCUUUGUACGGUGAUUGUAUUAUUAAAGAGUCAUUCCAUUUGA